GCAAUAUUUCUUUACGGCCACAGCUAUCAACUCGCCAUUUUGAUUUCACAUCCCCGCAAACACAUAAUAAUCUUUAAAAAAAGCUUUUGUGAGAAUGCCAAACAGCACUGUUGGGUCGUUGGAGUCUGGCGGAUCGAAUGCAUCCAGAAAAUCAUGGACGAGACAGUAUCACACAAUCAACAAAACUUCUACAGUGGAUGAAACACUGUUUGCCUCUCCAAAGAAAGUAAGGCCUGGUGAAGAGGAUGCUUUUGCUGCUGCUUUAUCAGAGAGAUCUCGAAGGCGAAGCAGUCCAGGUGGCAAAAAAUCACCAGCUAAAUCUGAAGAGCCAGAAAUGAUUCAAGUUAUUACAAAGGACCUGAUCAGAAGACUCAGGGUUCCUCAAGAAGAUCCCUCUGGAAGAAGUAUUAUAUUAGAAGUUGGAGAGUUUAGAAGAAUUAAGUCUGCAUCCCAUGUUCCAACACAAGCAGAAAAGGAAGCUGCCAUGGAGGAAAUGAAAACAAGAAAAGAAGCUCUUCAAAAUGCAUCAGAAGAACGUAAGAACUUUAUGCAGACCAUGGAGCUGAAACGAAAGGAGAAUGCCAAACCAUCAGACCUUGAACAGGAGAAGAUGAUACAGAGUGGAACUUUACUAGAUAAAGCUAAUGAACUAAUGGAGGAACAAGAUGAUGAAAUUAAGAAGUUGAAUGAGCUCAUCUUGAAUGCCAAAUGCCAUGCAAUCCGUGAUGCCCAACUCAUUGAAAAGGUUGACAUCAAGAAAGAACAGCUUGAAGAAGAGAAACGCCUUGAUGAAAUGAUGGAGGUGGAAAGACGUAAAGCACUCAAAGAGUAUGAGGAGAGGGAGAAGGCUGCUCAUUUUGAAAGACUGAAGGGUGCACAAGUGUUGCAACAUCAGAUUACAGACAGAGAACAGAUAAGGCUGUUGGAUGAGGAGAAAAAGGAUCAGGAAACUAAGGCUAUGUUGCAAUAUUUGGAUAAACUACAAGCAGAAGAUUUGGAGAACCUGAUUAAAAAGAAAGAAAUUCAACGAGCGUUGAUGAAAGAAGUAGCCAAAGCAAAUGAGGAAAUCGCUCAGCAGAAGGACCGCAAGGCGGCGCAAGACAAGCUCGAGGAAAUUAAAGUCAUGGAAUAUCUGAAACAGAAAGCGGAAAGAGAGGAGGCCUACCAGCGUGAAUUAGAAAUGGCUAGAGUUGAAAAAGAGAAAGAAAUUGCUCGUCUACGUGCACAGCAGGAGAGAGCCAAAGACAAACAAGCUGAGAAGGAUGCUCUUAGAGCCAAGCGAAAUCAGGAAGAAGCAGAACGGGAAUGGAGAAGAAAAGAAAAAGAAGAAGCUGAGAAAAAAAAGCAAACUGAGGAAAUGUUACGUGCCGCUCGUGAAGUGCAAGUGAGGAAUAAAGAACAUUUCUUAGCCGUGCAAGCUGCCAGAGACAGGGCUGAGUUUGAGAGGGUGUUAAAGGUGCAAGAGGAACAACUGCUAAAAGACGAAGAAGCUGAAAAAGUAGAUGCAGUCCGCCGCCAUCAGCAUGCGGAAGAAGUGCGUCAACAGGUCCGCGAGAAAGAGAAAGAUCGCGUCAAGGCCAGGAACGCUUUCUUUGAGGAAGGAAUCAAAUUGGACCAAGAAGCUCGAGCAAGGCGGCAGAAGUUGGACGAAAUAAAAAGAAGAAAGUUGCAGGAGCUGAAAGAUGCUGGUGUGCCUGACAAGUAUUGCAACGAGGUCGCGCGCAGGAUCGAGGCUCCACCUCCUUCGCUAUCCCGGAUGUACUAAGCCUGCGACUGAACUUUUUCCCUUAAAAACUUUAUUUCUUGUCUCUUGAAUUUAAAGAAAAUUAAACGAUGGUCUCGACAUUAACAUUAUAAAUGCAAAGGCUUUCUCGUUUUGAGGUUUAAAUUGAGAUUGUGGAUAUUAGUCUGAUCGGGAAAUGUCUUUUGUCACAGCGAAUAAAUUUCUUCUUGAUCAUUUUGUUCUUACAGUGUAAAUAUAUUCAUUACAUUUUACCAUGUGUAUAAAGAUUAUUCUAUCAAACAAUUAAAAUAGUGGGCGUGGUGAAACAUGUUUCUUUACUAAUAAUUAACUGCAUUUUACCAGUUUUAAAACAAAAUGAGUUAAACACCUUGGAUAGAAGUGUAGCUAGCGUCUUUGUUACAG